AUGAUGAGUAUACUGCCUGGUGGUGCAGCUGCCAAGCCCUUCAUCACACACCACAAUGAAUUGGAUCUAGACCUCUACCUGCGUGUGUCGCCUGAACUCUUCCUCAAGAUGCUUGUCGUGGGUGGGAUGCCGCGUGUUUACGAGAUUGGAAAACUCUUUCGCAACGAAGGGAUUGAUCUUACUCACAACCCAGAGUUUACUUCGUGCGAGUUUUAUAUGGCUUUUGCAGACUACAAUGAUCUAAUCACGAUUACUGAGGACUUAAUAUCCGGUAUGGUGAUGAAGCUGUUCGGCACCUACAAGCUGACUUAUCAACCGGAGCCCGACAUGCCCCCACAGGAGGUCGACUUUACGCCACCCUUUAAACGCAUCGACCUCUAUGACGCCUUGAAGGAGCACUACACAGGUGUGGAAUUCCCACCUCCGGAGACCCUUCAUACAGAGGAGGCUCGUCACAAACUGGUAGCCAUCGCUGCCAAGUUUGGCGUGCAGUGCAGUGAACCACAAACUUCUGCUCGCCUCUUGGAUAAGCUUGUGGGUGAGCGAAUCGAACCUCUGUGCAUCAAUCCUACCUUUAUCAUGAACCACCCAGAAGUUAUGAGCCCUCUGGCCAAGUGGCACCGCUCGCGACCGGGUCUAACUGAGCGCUUUGAGAUGUUCUGUCUCACCAAAGAGCUUAUCAACGCGUACACUGAGUUAAACGACCCCGUUGUCCAGCGUGAACGCUUUGAGGAGCAAGCCAAGGAUAAGGCUGCAGGGGACGACGAAGCAAUGUUUGUGGAUGAGAACUUUGUGAAUGCGCUCACCUAUGGUCUGGCUCCAACCGCAGGCUGGGGCUUCGGUAUUGACCGUUUCAUGAUGUUCAUGUCGAACACGAACAACAUCCGAGAGGUCAUUAUUUUCCCCACCAUGCGGCCGGAGGAGAACAGCACCUCCUGUGAGGCAUCAGUUGAUGCAAAGACGUCUGUCGAUAAGUGA